GGCGCGUGCUGUGCCCGAUGUCGGAAACAGAAGAAAACGCUAGGAGCUUGCGAGCGUCUCGCCGGCGAAUUCGAACGAUCAAAAUUGCCGUCGGCGCGCGCAUUAAACCCUAAACCCUCGAUUCCUUGCGCGGGAAGUCGGGGAUGGCAGCCAUUGGAGAGAGCUCCGGCGGCGGCGACAAGCCACUGAUCGUCCGUGUCAAGCGCAAGGCCUCCCAGUCCCCCGUCGACGCUUUCUGGUUGGAGAUCAACGAGCGGCCGCUGAAGAGACCCUUUCUCGAUUUCGAGAAACUGUCUAUCUCAGACGCUUCUGUAAAGGAGAAUGACUUGAAGAUUAAAAGGGUGUUAGUGAAGCAUGUUGAAAGCACAAACAGAUCCAAGGCUGACUUCGAUUUAUUGCAAUCAUUUCUGCCUAGAUCUGCUGAAAUGUCUGAAUCUAAUACGGUUAUGGAGGAUAGAAGACGCGCAUUUAAGAAGGACAAUAUACAAGAGGAGUUGCUGUCUAAAGCGAGAGAGGCAAAAGAGACAAUUGCAAAAAAUGCUCGCUUUGAGCAAAUAUGGAGGAGACGUAAAGGUAGUGAAGGGGACACGGACAACAAAGCUCUUCAUGAAAUGUAUCAGUUUUAUGAUGUUGUUCGUGUUGACGGUGAAGAAAAAACCAGCACGGUCUCAAAGGAAGAAGAUUUAUCGUUGGAGGAUCAAAGGAUGUUGUCUAGUUAUCUACCUCUUUUGAGAGAAUUUAUUCCAAGUGCUGCAGCAGAGAUUGAAUCCGAUUUGAAGGUCCACAAGUCAGAACAAGGAGCCACCGAUGAUUAUAUAUAUGACUACUAUGCAGUAAAUGAUGACGCAGACAUGAAGGAUGAUUCUUUUAGCAAAUUUCCGCUAGUGCAAGUGGAUGAGGAUGAUUUUUUUGAUGGGCCUGAUGAAUCAGAUAUCGAGAGCGAUGAUUCUAAUGCCGAGAAUAAUCCUCUGAAUGAUUAUCCUGAAGAGGAAUCUGAAGAGGAAAAAAAGAGUGAAGAUUCUGAUGGUCAAUCUGAAGAGGACGAGGAGGAAGAAGAAGAAGAAGAAGAAGAAGAGAGUGAUACGGAAUCUGAGGAUUCGGUACUGCGUUGUUCGUCAAAUAUAGAUGAUUCAUUUGAAGAUGUGAUGGGGUAUGAUGACAAUGUACUUGAUCACAAUCACGAUCACGAUCACAAUCACAAUCACGAGGAGGGUGAAGGUGAGGGUGCUGACUGGAGAUGGUCCUACCGAUGAAGCUCGGCCACCAUGAAUCAGAGAUUCACUGUCGACCUGUUGCGUGGAACGAAGUGCUAUUAGUAAUUAUUGAUAAUUGCCAUGUUCGGUUUGUUACACAUGAGAGACAAUCUUAGUUAAUUAGGAACUCUGGUAACAGAUUGUUAAUACUGCAGCGAUUUGGUGGAUCAACGAAAAAAAUGCAUAUAAGUGUCUCUGAAUGUAUUUGGAUAGCGUUGCCAA